GUGGAUGAUUCGUCUUUAAUAUGCGGGAAUUAAACAGCAACCUUAAGCUUUGAUAAAAGCAAACACAUCUUAAUGCACAAGGAGAAGAAAUGUAGACUCGGCUAGCUCUCCAUUCGUUUCCUGAUUCAGCACCCCAUUUGGAGAGAGUGAGGGUGUCGGAGUGAAAGCAGAAUCAACAGAAAACAGGAUCUUUUUAGCCUAAAUCAUGAUUGCACGGAUACUCUACAUUUUUCUUUGGUCUGCUGCAUUUCUACCCGAGCUGCAGUGCGCUUCUCAGAGAACUGCGGACGCACUUGCUACUUUUCCCACGGCCGCGUUCAUCGACGGCACCGACAGAAAGGACUCCAACCAGACCAUCAACUCUCGGACCAAAAGGAAGACGCUCUCGGUGGAUUUCGCCGUCCCGUCGCUGUUGCGUUACUACUUGGCUCUGUUUAUAAAGCGCCCGCUUAACGGAGACUGUCUGUCAUUUAACGGAUGUUACACGGUGCGCGCCAACUUGCUAAUGCGCUGCGUUCCGUUGCAAAAAACCAUCGCCGGCUUGCUUGAUGUAAAGUUGGCAGCGAUGAGCGUCAACAGAUCCAGCACUGGACAGCUCCCGUAUCGACAGAGGCGGCCCGUGCCUAAAGUUUUGAAUUUGGGUUUGACCACCGCCAGUAGAAAGUCCAAUCAAGUUGUGGUGGAGGUGGGCGAAGAGAUGGUUAAAACGGGAUGCGGAGGUCUGCAUGUGUACGAGGACGCGCCAGUUGUGUUCCUGGAAAUGGACCUAACGCGGAUUUUGGAGUGGUGGCUGGGGGCGGAGGGAGGCCGGCUCAGGGUCCGAAUUAUGCCCGAGCGGAAAGUGCAGGUCCCGGGGAAAGAGGACAAGUACUCUGCUGCCAUCAGAGCUUCGGACGCUCGCCUCUUCUUACGCAUAGCCUCGAGUGAACGGCCCUCAUCCACGAACUCAGGAAACCCUACCGCCGCCACUAAAUACUGGAACUUUUCUUGGACAGCAGAGGACGAGCUAACUUUCCCUGAGGAUCCUGUAUCAACUUCAGAUUGCUCUUCAAAGGGAAAGUCAUGUGACCGUGGGCCUGCUGGAUAUUAUCCUGAGUUCGCCUGGAGUUUAACAUCAGCAGAGGACUCCUGGGCGAAAGACCAGACGAUGGCAAAGACAAAAGCAAGUUCCCAGGAGUGGGAGGAAGGGUGGUUUCUCACAGUGAAUGGCUCAUCUCUGACGGGGCCAUGGGUUCUGAGCCCUUGGUUAGGUGCCACCCAUCAGUCCUGUGGUCUAGAUAUUACAGUGUUUUUGCACCCCAGGCAGAGUGGACGUUACACUGUCUGGCUCAUAGAGAGGGACAAGCCACCACUUGCUAUCCUCACCACUGAGCAUCCUCAUGUCAUCGGCUGGGCGGUGGUCCACCUCAGCUUGGGGGCUCGGAGCAAGCCCUUCAGGAUUUCUUCCAGCUACAACCAGCCCGGCGACAUGGAGACAGCGACCUAUGACCCCCGCUUCACCACCAACUGCACCAUACGAACCUCUCAAAAUGUCACUCUCCGGGGCCGCUAUCACUGCAGAGGGGGCCGGGAGAUCAAUGUGAGCCAGCUGUGUGACUUCAACCCUGACUGUCCACAAGGGGACGAUGAGGGGGAACAUUGCCGUCAAUUCCUCAAUGGCAGCUAUUGCUCAUUUGGAAGAGAAGAUUGCGGCUGGCAGCUGGUUCCAGGACGGGGCCCACAAUGGAGGGCCCAUCCGUCCAUUCCCCAAAGCCUCAGAAGCAGCUGUCCAUCCCCAGGGGCCUUGUUGGCCAUUGACAGUCAGCCCAAAGGUCAGCGAGGAUCAGCCCAGGUGCGAAGCCCGCUUUUCUUUUACCCCCUACGGAACGCCCCUUGCAUGGUCAAGUUCUGGGUGUGUGGAUCUUCAAAUGGAAUGCUAUCACUCUGGAUUAUAGAGAACAGCACAGGUCCUGAGGGUCAGAGGAGUCUCUGGAACUCAACAAGUGAAGCUAAUAUGGGGAAAGGGUGGAAACUCAUUAAUCUACCACUCUUCGGUUUGGUGGAUCUGUUCUACCUGCAGUUCAGUGCUGAUAUUUCCUCUAGUGCAGGAGUUGCAUUUGCUGUGGAUAAUUUCACUCUGAGCAUGGAAUGUUUCCUUGAAACCAAUGGAGAAUUUCCUCCGGUGGCUCCCAUAAGCCCCACGCAAGUGCAGUUUACACCAAGCUAUGAGAACAUCAAGACUACUACAUGGCCUGGAGUGUCUACAGAAUCUGUCAAAUGGAUAUUCCACACCUGCGGAGCAACAGGACCAGACGGUCCAACGCCGACUCAGUGCAGUAACUCAUACCGCAACACCAAUGUCAAUGUCACUGUAGGCACUAAGGGACCAUUCAAGGGCAUCCAGAUGUGGCGGGUCCAAGAGACAAGGAAAUACAGGAUCACGGCGUAUGGAGCAGCUGGUGGACGCAGUGUCCAGGCUGUCCACAAGUCACAUGGGGUGUACAUGACUGGAGACUUCCAGUUACAGAAGGAUGAGCUGCUGUAUAUUCUAGUGGGACAGGAAGGAGAGGAUGCUUGCCCAAAUACGGUGCCUGCUAUGGUCCGGAUCUGCAAGGAACAGCAAGGACCAUCAAUCAACAAAACCCAGCUUAAGGGAGGAGGUGGUGGAGGAGGAGGAGGCACCUACGUCUUCAAGGUGGUAAAUGGAGUCCACGUUCCACUAAUCAUUGCUGCUGGAGGUGGAGGACGUGGCUACAGCAGCCAAUCAGAAACCCCAGAGGAAGUGAUGGACAGGGAUCCCAGCAUUCCCGGCCGUAAUGGAAAAUCUGGCGCUGCAGGCGGUGGCGGAGGCUGGAAUGACACUGCCCCUGUUCCUCAAGGCGGUAGACCACUCAUUCUGGGAGGACAGGGUGGAGAACCCUGUCAAGUCAUAGGCUGGAAAACUCGAGGAGGUUUUGGAGGCGGUGGAGGGGCCUGCACGGCUGGUGGAGGAGGUGGAGGAUACAGAGGGGGCAGUGCCUGGCACAAUAAUGAUCCCAGAAAGGAUGGAGAUGAUGGAACAUCGUUUAUAAGUCCUGAUGGCGAAAUGUACCUGGAGCCACUCAAAGGCAUGGAAGGCGACGGUGAAGUUAUCAUCAACCCUGUGCAGAACUGCAGUCACUGUGAGUCAGGAGAUUGCCACGAGACCUCUGAGGGCACGGUGUGCUACUGUGAUGAAGAGCUCUCGCUGGCCCCAGACGGAGUGUCCUGCAUCAACUCUACUGCGGUGUCUAUGUUGCCCGCCCAGCCGUCUUUGUCUCAUCUGGCACUGGGUCUGUCUGUAGGGACCUCUGCGCUCAUCGCUGCCUUGCUGUUGGCAGUUUCAGGCGUUAUGAUCAUGUACAGACGUAAACACACCGAGCUCCAGUCUAUCCAACUCGAGCUACAGAGUCCCGACUGUAAGCUAAGCAAACUGAGAGCCUCUACCAUCAUGACCGACUACAAUCCCAACUACUGCUUUGGCGGGAAGACCGCCUCCAUCAACGACCUGAAGGAGGUGCCACGGCGUAACAUCUCCCUCGCCAGAGGUUUGGGUCAUGGCGCAUUUGGAGAAGUCUAUGAAGGACUAGCCGUUGGGAUUCCAGGGGAGCCCAGUCCGAUGCAGGUGGCUGUAAAGACCCUUCCUGAGGUGUGCUCUGAGCAGGAUGAACUAGACUUUCUAAUGGAAGCUCUCAUAAUCAGCAAGUUUAGUCACCAAAACAUUGUGCGGUGUAUCGGGGUGAGUCUGCAAGCUCUGCCUCGCUUCAUUCUGCUGGAAUUGAUGGCCGGAGGGGAUCUCAAGAGCUUCCUGAGGGAAACUAGACCAAGACUAGAGCAUCCUUCAAGUCUAACCAUGGUAGAUCUUCUCAACAUUGCCAGAGACAUCGCUCGCGGCUGCCAGUACUUAGAAGAGAACCAGUUCAUCCACAGAGAUAUUGCUGCCAGGAAUUGUCUUCUGACCUGCAAAGGUCCAGGGAGGGUGGCCAAGAUUGGUGAUUUUGGCAUGGCCAGAGACAUCUACAGAGCCAGCUAUUACAGGAAAGGAGGCCGUGCUAUGCUGCCAGUCAAAUGGAUGCCUCCUGAGGCCUUUAUGGAGGGAAUCUUUACCUCAAAAACAGAUACAUGGUCAUUUGGUGUUCUGCUGUGGGAGAUCUUCUCACUGGGUUAUAUGCCAUACCCCAGCCGCAGUAACCAAGAGGUGUUGGAGUUUGUUACUAAUGGAGGCCGGAUGGACCCACCUAAGAACUGCCCCGGGCCAGUGUACCGGAUAAUGACACAGAGUUGGCAGCAUCAACCAGAAGACAGACCAAACUUCUCAACUAUUCUGGAGAGGAUUGACUAUUGUCUGCAGGACCCAGAUGUGGUGAAUGUGCCUUUGCCUGUCGAGUACGGCCCCAUCCCUGAGGAAGAGGAGAGGGUACCCAUGCGUCCCGAUGACCCGUCGGCCCCCUCCUUGCUUGUAGCCCCUCAGGGCACCGAGGAGGCUUCAUCUGCCGCUCACUCUGAUCAGCCUAAAAGAGAUGGGGAGGCCGUUCUCAUGCCCAGCCACUCCUCUGAGAGCAAGCUCCCACCCGCUCCCCAAUCUCAGCCUCACCCCCAUCACCACCACCAACCCCCGGUAGUCACUGCCCCCAUACCAUCUGCCAAAACUUCCUCUGCAACUCCCUUGACCACCCAAGAUGGAGGGCAUGUGAAUUUGGGCUUCAUGCAGGCUCACCCAUCAGAGAAGGAGAGCCGUAACGGGAAGCCCACCAACCUUUGGAACCCCACCUAUGGCUCGUGGUUUCUACAGCAGCAACAGAAGAGACAGCAGGCCCAGGCACAAAGGCAGACAAGCGGCCCACGGAUCCCAGGUGAAGGGCAGGAACAAGCAGGCCGGACUGUGACAGUAGCUGAAGCUCUGGGCCUGCAGCAACAGCACAAACAGCAGCAGUACCAACAGCAGCUCCAGCGCCAACAGCAGCAGCAGCAGCAGCAAGGCCUGUGUCGACCGCUUUUGCCCCCUCCUCCCCCACCUGCCCCGACCCCUUUACUUCUGGAUUCAGCCAGCCUAGCACCAGUUCCACUCUACAGACUACGGCGCUUCCCAUGUGGGAACAUCGGGUAUGGCUACCAGGAGCAGGGCCUGCCCAUGGAGCCCAUGCCGGGGCCCCAGCCUCCCCCACCUCAUUCUGGCCAGCAGAGGCCCAUCACUUUAGCUCGGGCCAGUGGCCCUGAGGACAGCCGCCCACUUUUGGUCACCAUGGGUACAGUGCAGGACUCCAGACUGCCGAAAAUGGAAGGGCACAACGCCACUGUGCUGUAACCUUGCACGUUCUCUAUCAGUGCCCACUUUGCAAAACACUGUGCUGUCCAUCUAUGUCCACCUUUGCCAAGCCCCUCUGUGCUUUAUCUUUGUGCUUUUCAGCCAUGAGACUGGGACCGGAAAGGUUCUGCGCUGGAAACUCAGAGAAACUACGUUUCACUGAAAGAGAAAGAUUGUCACUUGGAUAAAAUAACAAGACUGUUGAGUUUCCGAAAGCCACAAUUGAGAGACAAAAAUAAACUGAUUAAGCCCUCACAAGGACUAAUUCUGUAAAAAAGACUAAAUUAUAUCAGUGAUAUUUUUCCAUAAUGGGGGAGAAAAAAAUAAAAUAAAACGGGUUUGUUGAUGUUUGCUUGCCUGCUUGUUUAUUUAUUCAUUUGUUAAUUUAUUAUUUGGAGGUCAUGUAAAUUAUUAACGGGUGUGCUUCAGAAAGCAAACUGCCCCCAUUCAUUAUGUAUCAUUUGUUCAUUCUUGGACUUGGUUGGCUUUUAAACGCAGCUGUUUUCAUCCAUCAAACAACAUGAAUAACAGAAAACUCGAAUGCCUCGUGUGUGAAACUGAUGAGUGUUGGUUUGUACUGAUGAGGUGUAUGGCUUUUAGUGAUCAGAUAUCCUGUUGGCUAUGGUGUUGGAACUGAAACAUGUAGCAAACUGGUCAGUAACUAUUGAAUGAAUGCCCUUUCACAGGACUCGUGUUAGGGAUUUAAACCAUGAAAAAAGCAUUAAAACAUUUAUUCAUUUAAUCCCUGUCAGUUGCUUUGAUAUAUUACAGAAACUGGUUGAAGGUCAAGCUCCACCACCCCCCCCCUCUGAAUGCCUUGUUGAGAGCUUAAUCUAGCAUGAAUUUCCAGGUUUGGUGGCGUUUUGGAUCAGCAAAGCCAGCAUAGCCAAGAGGUUCAUCAGCACAUCUUAGCUGGUGAAGGUUAUUAACCAGCACAGUAUUUCUGGUAAAGCUGCUUAGCUAAUGAAGUUUUGUUGGUUAAGUAAGUUAUGAAGAUUGGUUGGAGCAACAGCCUACCAAAAUAUCAAAUUAUGUACUUUUUGGAAUGGAACAGCCUUUGGCAUUUUGCUGUACUUGAUGUAUCUAGUAUGCCUAAACCACCCACAUAAUGAUACAUCUUGCAAAUUGUUCGGUAACCAUGAACUGCACUUUGAAAUGCCAGCAGUUUUAACACUCAGCAUCAGUAAAAAGUCUGUCUUGCAGACAACACAAGACCAGUAUGAUGCUGUAGACUUACAGAGUUCAAUGAAUGUUGACGAGUCGUGUGAAAGGUCUUUGUGUUGUAUGAAACUUUACCAUUGGCUGUGUAAGAAUACAUUUCAGCAUUUUAUUUUAAUAUCCAUCAUUCCAUUAGUUUUCGAUU